AUGGCUUAUUCGAUAAUCGAUGGUCUUCGUAGAACUCUACUAUUUCCAGUAGAAAGUUAUAAUGUAUCAAAAUCGGACGAUGUUCUCAUUAAAUUCCAUUGUGCAAAGGGUCUUCCAAAGAAAGAUAUAAUUGGAUCAUGUGAUCCGUAUUUCAUCAGUCAAAUUGAUGAUGGACGAAUUCAGUUCAUAUCUUCAUGUAUUCCGAAUACAUUGACUCCAGUUUGGAAUGAGAACUGGUUAGUCAGAAAUGUUCCUCGGCAAGCAAAACUCUCAGUAAAACUCUUCGAUAAAGAUGAUGAUACAAUCAAUGAUGAUUACAUUGGUAAUUUUGAACUAGUUCUUCUUCCAACAAUUCGUCGAUCGAUCGAGAUUAAAACCAAUUGGAGCAAAGUGCAAGGAAUAUUCGUAUUGAGCAUUGAUCGUUUUCCUUCAUCACCCGAGACAAGAAUUCUUCGUCCGUACACAUUUGAUGGCCCUGUUCGCUAUUCUCGUCACAACUCCUUAGUUCUUGGUCAAUUAGUAAAAGUCAAUGAUGAACGACUUUAUUCAACUUGGGAAAUUCAUUUAAAACGAAUCGAUUACUUCUUCAAUCCGAACAAGAAACAGAAAUGGAAUUCAUCGUACAAAGCAGCACAAUCGAUUUUCGAAGGACCGAUGUCAUUGGGUAUUCAGUUAUUGAUAAAACAAGCACAUCAUAUUCUCUAUGCGAAACAUACAACAAAUCAAUUCGGUGUUUUAAAUUCCAGUGAUGAUCUUUGGAAAUUAUUAUCUGAUGAAACAAAAUCCAAAAUCAAACCCUGUGUUUACACUUACAUUAUUGAUGAUUCAACAUGGAAAUUUAGUGAAACAGGUGCAUCAUUUUUCGUUGACUUUGCAUCGAAACAUGCUCUUCAUGCAAACUGUUCCGAAACUGUUCGUUAUGCAGGAGAAUUUCAUCCACGACCGAUUUGUGGAUGGAAUAGAUUUAAUUCGUCUGAUCCGUUAGAUUUUUAUCAAUGGGAAUUAGUUAUUGAUAAUGGAUCAGGCACCUAUGCACCGAACCGAUCACUUCUUGGCAAAUUGAAUAAUUUACUCUCUUUCAAUUUUCCUCGUUUGAAAGUCGUCACUUAUCAUUUUGAAGACCCUCAGUUAAAGUCAAGUAUUGAAGCUUGUCGAUCGUUUGCCAAAUCUUAUACAAUUAAACCAAUGAGAACAGUCGAACAACUUGUUUCAGCACAAUUUAAACCGUUUACACCGAAUUGA